CAAAAUUAAGCUGACUGAGAGUCUCCGUUCAGUGUUCAUCACACCAGAAGAAAGGACAUAUUGAUUUCUGUCAGGUUACCCUUACCAAAGGCUGCAGGACAAUCAGUGACUCAGGAUGACCCAUCAGUCCCCAACGCUCUCCGAGGCGCAGAAGAGGGAGCUACAUGAGACUGCUCUGCGCAUAGUUACUCCAGGGAAGGGAAUUCUGGCUGCAGAUGAGUCUGUAGGCAGCAUUGCUAAGCGGCUGGCUCAGGUGGGAGUGGAGAACACGGAGGAGAACCGCAGACAGUACCGGCAGAUUCUCUUCAGCGCUGACGAUCGUGUCAGCGGCUGCAUUGGAGGAAUCAUCUUCUUCCAUGAGACCCUGUACCAGCACUCUGAUGCAGGCAUACCCUUUGUGAAAAUGAUCAAGGACAGGGGCAUCCUGGUUGGCAUCAAGGUGGACAAGGGUGUCGUACCCAUGGCAGGAACUUUUGGAGAAACCACUACACAGGGUCUAGAUGGAUUGUCAGAGCGCUGUGCACAAUAUAAAAAGGAUGGAGCUGUCUUUGCAAAGUGGCGCUGUGUACUUAAAGUUAGUGACACUAAUCCAUCAAAACUGGCUAUCGCAGAAAAUGCAAAUGUUCUUGCACGCUACUCCAGUAUCUGCCAGCAGCACGGCAUUGUGCCUAUCAUUGAGCCGGAGAUUUUGCCUGAUGGAGAUCAUGACCUAAAACGAAGCCAGUACAUCACUGAGAAGGUCCUGACUGCAGUGUACAAGGCUAUGUCUGAACACCAUGUAUACCUGGAAGGCAGUCUCCUAAAACCCAACAUGGUCACCUCUGGACACAGCUGCCCCACUAAGUACAGCCCAGAGGAGGUUGCAAUGGCAACUGUUACCGCCUUGCGUCGCACUGUCCCCCCAGCUGUCACAGGUGUAGCUUUUCUUUCAGGGGGUCAGAGUGAAGAAGAGGCUACUGUCCAUCUCAAUGCCAUUAACAACUGCCCUCUGGCCAAACCCUGGAUCCUAACGUUCUCUUUCGGCCGAGCACUGCAGGCGUCUGCACUGAGAGCCUGGAGGGGACAUAAAGAGAACGAGAAAGUUGCCACUGAGCAGUUCAUCAAGAAAGCCGAGGCGAACAGUCUGGCUUGUCAGGGGAAGUACACUGGUGGUGAUAAUAACUACAGUGAUGCUGGCCAGCGCAGCUAUGGUUCCUGUCAUGCAUACUGAGUAGCUUGAGUAGCCAUGUUAUUAUAAGUAUUGUGUUUUCUUUCAUUCCCAUAACAACUAUUGUAAUGUAGAUAAAAGGGUUGGUUACAAAAGUGGACACUCAUGAUGAUGUUACAUGUAAACAAGGGGCAGUGUGUUAUCUUGCCUUGACAAAUGAUGACAAUCAUAACGCAACCUUGGGUUCCUAGUGCAUGUAUUGAAUAAUGAGUGCUAGCUUUACCUCUUUACAUUGUGCUCUCACUGCUUGAAAAGGCAUUUAGAAAUGUGGCAUUAUGGCUGAAGAAUAAAGAGUCUGUGUACUUUAGUGUUGUUAGUGACCAUGCUCAGAAAUAUAUUACACCACAAUUAACUUAAAAAUAAUAUGCCUCUGCAGUCGAUAUAACAUUCACAAUCUUCACUUCAUGUAACUUAAAAUAAAAUGUGAUUGUGUGUGUGUAGUUAUUCUGAAUAGUUUUCUCUAAAUGUUGGAUAGAUAUUAAAGAAUUCAAACAA